AUGUACAAAUCUCAUCUUCAAACCUCCACAUUCAAGAGUUUUUCCUCCAAAAUGUCUACACUCGCCAAGUUGCCGAAACUGUCGAGCUUCACGGCAUCUUUGACGCCUGACUUUGCCAUUGGUUCCGAAAAAGUGGCGUUUGCCAACGAGAAAAACAUCAUCAGAACCCCAAGAAUCCUCCAGCUGGGUUCCUUCUCUUGGUCGUUACCUGAACAGAGAAAGGAGUACUUAUAUGUGACCACGAGCGGUCAGGCGCUUCGUGAUCUUGGACUAGAUGCUUCGGAACCUGAAAACCCAGAGUUCCGUGCCAUUGUCAGUGGUCAAGCGUACCACAAUGACAAAUUCAGAGAUUCGGGUCUUCCCUUCCCUUACGCCCAAGCAUACGCCGGAUGGCAGUUUGGCCAGUUUGCUGGCCAGUUGGGAGACGGAAGAGUACACGAUUUGUUUGAGGUUCCGAAACCUGUGGGGUCCGAACUGCCCUCUACUCCUCUCAACCGAAAGGUUUAUGAGGUUCAGUUGAAAGGAUCUGGUAAAACACCGUUUUCUCGGUUUGCCGACGGCAAAGCCGUGAUCCGUUCUUCUAUUCGUGAAUACAUCAUCUCUGAGCACUUGAACAGCAUCGGAAUCCCCACCACCCGUGCUUUAUCGUUGACAUAUCUCCCCAAAACCUAUGCUCAGCGUCACGCAGCAGAAAAGUGUGCUAUUGUGUCGAGGUUUGCAGAGCUGUGGGUCAGAUUAGGCACGUUCGACUUGUACAGAUGGAGAAGUGAUAGCGUGGGAAUCAGGGCACUUUCUGAUUACGUGAUCAACGAGCUUUUCACCAUCGACAUCAACGGAACAAAGGGGCAGUUCCCUUACCUCAUCAAAUUAUUGGAAAUCAAAUCUGACUUCUUCGAUGAUGCAAAGUCCAGUUUGGGCAAACUUACAGAUUACGAUAAAAUGUAUUUGGAGAUCAUUAUACGUAAUGCAUCCACAACUGCAAUGUGGCAGUGCUACGGCUUCCUUAAUGGAGUUUUGAAUACGGACAACACAUCUGUGCUCGGACUCUCUAUGGACUUUGGACCUUUUUCGAUUAUGGAUAGGUACAAUCCCAAUUACACCCCUAACUCGGAAGACCACCAAGGGCGAUACAGCUACGCCAACACACCCACGGCCAUUUGGUGGAAUUUGACCCGUUUGGGAGAGGAUUUGGCUCAGCUCAUUGGUGCUGGAACAGAUUUGAUUGACUUGCCUGCUUACAAGGCGGGCCAGUUACCUCAAGAACACGAAGAAAGGGUCGUCAAGAGAGCCAUCAAGCUAAUUGAGGUAGGUGGAGAGAUGUAUAAGUAUGCAUUCACCAAACAAUACGUUGAAACCUUCUUUAACCGUCUUGGAUUGCUGAAGCUGUUGAUUAACUACCAGGAUCCGGAUGUGCAGAACACUGAGUUGAUUGCCCCUAUGCUAGAUGUGCUCAAGAAGGUACAAUGUGACUUCAACAAGUUUUUCCUUUCAUUGCAAGAAGCAGAUGUCACGCUGGUCAACUUUAAAGACAAGGAGUUUGCCAAGUCUAUUCUUUUGGAAGAGAUUCCUGCUCAUGAAGCCUACAACACAGAAGAGAUCAUGGAUGUAGUUGUCGAGUGGUUGCAGGUAUUCAAAGACUAUGCUCAAAGAGGAGGUCAGAGCUUAGAACUUAGUUCCAAGUACAAUCCCAAAUUUCUUCCCAGAAACUGGAUUCUCGAUGAGGUGAUCCAGAAGGCUGAGGAAAGUGGAUGCGCAGAUCUUGAAUAUCUUCAUAAGCUUGAAAAGAUGGCAUUCAAUCCAUACGAGCCAUCCAAAUGGGGAGACGAAUUGAAGGAUCUUGAGCAGAAAUGGCUUCUCCAGAGUGACAUUGGCGAGGCGAAGUCCAUGUUGCAAUGCAGCUGUUCCUCAUAA